UGGCGACGGCGUUGGUGAAUUUUCUGCAUAAAUUAAAGCUAUACUCUCACCAAAAAAUAAAACGAUUACCAACAAUGAGUCCUCGCAAAAUGGCAAAGCCACUAUUUGUGGUUGGAGAUUUUGUCUUCGCCAAACUUCGUGGAUAUCGUGCCUGGCCAGCACGCGUCCUGCAACGCUUCUCCAAUGGAAACUGUAACGUGUUUUUCUAUGGAACUUGCAACUACGCCAGGGUUCCACGCCGCCAAAUCUGCGAUUUCGAGAGCAACCUGGACCGACUGGGCACAUUGCGAGCUAGGAGUGCGGGCAGUAACGCCUCCUUUCGGGGUGCCAUGUGUCACGCCCGGAACGCGUUUUCCAACCCGUCGAAAGAUUUUGGAUUUUAUCAGCUCCUGGCCGUCUUGAACGGCGACUGUGUGAACGCCGAGGACUUGCCCAUGGAAUACGAGGUGGUCACUGAGGCGGCAGCCAUUGCUGGUAAAGGAGACACGGUGAAAACCAGUGAUUUGCCCAUCGAGUACGCCGGUGACCUGGCAGCCAUUGUGGAUACAGGAGAUGUGGAAUCGAAACGCCAAAGUGUGGAGGCCGAUGCCUUGCCUAUCGAGUGCGAGUUGGAGAAUGAUCCGGUUGACAUUUUUGGUACGGAAGACACAGAACCGGAUUCGGUAUCCAUUGCAGAGGAGCUUCAAUCCCAAUCGGAUUCCGAUAAGCCUUCGGAUGAAAUCAAUAAGAAUCCAGAUUCCGCUGAGGAAGACUCAAAUAAUGGUGACUAUAAUUUGGACUUCGAUGAGAUCAAGGAAGAGUUGCUUAGGAACUUGUACACGUAGAGUUUUUGGAAAAAAUGUUAAGUUUAAUGACUACUACAUUGAUAACGAAUUAUUAGAUGUAUAUUAGGUUUCUUAGAAGCGUAAGGAAAAAGUUCGACAUUUAAAUAUUCAAUUAUUAUAUUCACUAACAUA